UCAGCCACGGUUUGAGGCGUCCAGCGUGUCACGUGGUUGUGGCUGUUCCGCCAAGCCCCCGACCCACGCUUGGGCCAGCAUCAUCGUGCAGUCAGUCGAGGGCCGUGAUAUUCGCCGCCUGCUCCCACUUUGACAACGCGUAUAUAUCAAUUGAAUCGGCCAGCGCCAUGCUUCCCUUAGGCCUUCUCACGGCCGCGACCGGCCACCCAAUGCUCGUUGAGCUCAAGAGCGGCGAAACACUCAAUGGGCUUCUAGUCAAUUGUGACACUUGGAUGAACCUUACCCUGCGAGAGGUCGUACAAACAAGCGCAGAUGGCGACAAGUUCAUGAGGCUGCCAGAGAUCUAUGUUCGCGGCAGCACAAUAAAAUACCUACGGGUACCCGACGAGAUUGUCGACAUUGUAAAAGAACAACAGGCCAAGGACCAAGCGAAUCGGGGUGGACGAGGAGGCGGCAUGCACGGGCGAGGAGACCACCGCGGCGAUCGUGGUGGGGGAGGUAGGGGAACGAGGGGCAGAGGACGCGGUCGUGGCAGAGGCGGUGGUGGUGGAGGAGGAGGAGGUGGUGGCGGCGGUGGUGGUGGGGGUGCUUGAACGGUCUCACAUCCAUCUGGUUGCUUUGCCCUAUGGUACAUGCCAUGCAUAGACCCACCGACCGGUCUACUCAGGGCGACGUUGAUACGGUGAUAUUCGGGCA